GAGUGCUUGAGAUUGUACAUCACCAUGAUUUCGAUUCUGGGUGGCCCGCGGCAUAGGACGGCACUCAAGGGCAUAGCGGUAGUUGGCGCAUUGUGUUUAUUGAUCACGCUCAUCGUCGGCUUACGCCAUGAACGUCCUCAUGCAGACCUUCGCAUUCCCCUCCGCAUACUUCCUCUGGGCGACUCGAUAACAUGGGGCUGGCAACCGGACAACCAACAGCACGGCACAGAUGGGUAUCGUGCCCAGCUUUUGCACAACCUCAUCCACGGGUGGUAUCAGUCGGUCGACUUUGUCGGUACACAGCAUUCAGGCUUCAUGUUUGACAAUGACAACGAGGGACAUGUCAAUUCCACAAUAAGCGAGAUCAUGGGCGCUAUGACGACUGCGCUGCAGAUGCAACCGAAUGUCGUGUUGGUGCAUGUCGGCACGACCGAUCUGGAUCGCUCCGACAGCGCAUUGUGGAAGGAUGCGCCGCAGCAGUUGGGAAGGCUCCUAGAUGCUGUUUUGGAGGCUUGUCCAGAUGCGGUGGUACUUGUUGCGAAAAUCAUACAGGCGCUAAACCAGCGGACGAGCGACAAUAUCAGGGCUUUCAACGAGGCGGUGCCGGAAGUCGUGGAGGAGAGGGCGAAGAAAGGUUUCAAUAUUAGAGUCGUGGACCAGAGUGCCGUGAGUGUUUACGAGCUAGUUGAUGGCCUGCACCCGUGAGUUAUAAGUAUGGAUUGGAAGUACACUGUGCGAUGCUGAUGAUUACAGAUCCUAUGCUGGGUAUGCGCAUAUGGG